AUGUAUGUAUCUAUACUACGUAAACAUUUUGUUGUGUAUAAAUAAGUACAUAUGGGUAUUAUUCUCGAGAAAAUGUUCGCGUUUCUAAGUCAUAAUCAGCUCAAAACUAACCUUUAACCGCAAACUCUGAGCCGUGACAUACUUAAUUACAAUAUUGUUUGAAGUCUGAAGUCAAUAUAAUUAUGCGCAAUACCUAUGCAGUUAACUUCUGAAAUCCUAAGUCCAAAACGAUUGUAAAUCUUACGAAAAAAUGCCUCUCUUUGGCAAAAAGGAUUCUGGGAAGAAGGCCAAGGCGAGAGAUAUCAAGGAGUUAAACAAACAAGUGUCAAUUGAAGAGAAAUAUAAUCUCCAUGGACUGUUGGGGACUGGUGCCUUCUCAGAAGUACGUUUAGCCGAAAGUAAAGAGACGCCAGGUGAUCAUUUUGCCGUUAAAAUAAUCGAUAAGAAAGCGUUAAAGGGCAAGGAAGAAUCACUGGAAAAUGAAAUACGUGUGCUGAGGAGGUUCAGUGCAAAUCAUUUCGAUGGCAAAUGUCCAAAUGGAAGGCGGUUAACACAUCCAAAUAUAGUACAACUGUUGGAAACAUAUGAGGACAAAUCCAAAGUGUAUCUCGUCAUGGAGUUAGUUACUGGUGGUGAACUUUUCGAUCGGAUUGUUGAAAAGGGAUCAUACACGGAAAAGGACGCUUCUCAUCUGAUCAGACAAAUUCUAGAGGCUGUCGAUUACAUGCAUGAACAGGGUGUCGUGCAUCGUGAUCUGAAGCCGGAAAAUUUGCUAUACUACAGCGCUGAAGAUGAUAGCAAAAUAAUGAUUAGCGAUUUUGGCUUAUCUAAAAUGGAAGACUCUGGCAUUAUGGCAACGGCAUGUGGAACGCCCGGCUAUGUUGCACCCGAGGUGCUUGCGCAAAAGCCAUAUGGCAAAGCCGUCGAUGUGUGGAGUAUUGGGGUAAUAUCCUACAUUCUAUUAUGUGGCUAUCCCCCGUUUUAUGAUGAAAACGAUGCCAAUUUAUUCGCCCAGAUUUUAAAAGGGGAAUUUGAAUUUGAUUCGCCGUAUUGGGACGAAAUCAGCGAGUCAGCCAAACAUUUUAUAAGAAACCUAAUGUGUGUUACCGUAGAAAAGCGAUAUACAUGUAAGCAAGCGUUGGCUCAUGCCUGGAUUUCUGGCAAUGAGGCGAGUAGCAGAAAUAUCCAUGGAACCGUCUCAGAGCAGCUGAAAAAGAACUUUGCAAAAUCACGCUGGAAGCAAGCUUACUAUGCGGCCACAGUUAUACGGCAAAUGCAACGGAUGGCGCUCAGCAGCAAUAAUAGUAGUAGUGCAAAUAGUGAUUCCACUGGCAAUAGCAGUACCCUUAAGAAAGGAUCUAUAAACGCAACAGCUUCAGAAGCUGAAACAGCAUCUGGAGAAGGAACUGGAACAAGCGCCGCUGCCACAGCACAAAUUCUUUGUUUGCCUAAGGAUCCGAAGGAUGACCUGGAAGCGAACAAUGCCAAUGGAGCUACAAUUUAAAUAUGAAAAUCAUUGUUAAAAUAUCUGCAGUUUUCUCAAUAACAAUUUCUUGAAUUUUUACAUUUGUUCUAGUUUCAAGUAAGUAUUCUCACUGAUGUUUAGUAAUCAAAGCCAAUUCUUUUAAAUCUGCUAACAAAAAACAUACUCUUAAUAGAAGUCAAAGUCAAAGCGGUGUCCAAAAAAGUACACCGCAUAAUAAUCCCUAUAACCGGCCAUAUGCUUAAGAACUUGUAUAACCAUCGGUUUGAUCGUAAUUAACACAGUAGAGUUUUUAUUUUGCAGUCUUCCGUCGAGGGCUUUUAGUUAAUCUAUUCACUAUUACGAUAUUUAAAUAACUUGUAAAAAUAAUACAGAAUACAGUUUCUUUGCUGAGAUA